UAACAAAAAAAAAAAAAAAACUAUCAGUUUCAGUUUCAGUUUGAGUUUAAAGAGAGAGAAGAGAGAGAAAGCAUGGGAAGGCCUCCAUGCUGUGAGAAAGUGGGGAUAAAGAAGGGACCUUGGACUCCAGAAGAAGACAUCCUUCUUGUCUCUUACAUUCAACAACAUGGUCCUGGCAAUUGGAGAUCAGUUCCCACCAACACUGGUCUCCUGAGAUGCAGCAAGAGUUGUAGGCUCAGGUGGACCAACUAUCUGAGACCCGGAAUCAAGAGAGGCAACUUCACUCCCCAUGAGGAAGGCAUGAUCAUCCACUUACAGGCUUUGCUUGGUAACAAAUGGGCUGCCAUAGCUUCUUAUCUUCCACAAAGAACUGAUAAUGAUAUCAAAAACUAUUGGAACACUCACUUGAAGAAAAAGCUCAAGUCAGCCUUUGAAGAUCCUCCCCACUCUUCCAAAGCUUCAGAUCAUCACUCACCAAUCUCUGAGUUUUUCUCAAACAGGAGCUUGGAUUUGGAUUCCUCCUCCUCGUCUUUCGGCCCGAACCGGUCCUCUGCCGCUUCGUCAUCGUCGUUGUAUUAUUCGAGUGCCGAGAACAUCUCGCGCCUGCUCGAAGGCUGGAUGAGAUCUUCUGAUCCUAAGACUAGCGACAACGACAACGACAACGAGAUCAAUUUCCACGACAAGCAAAGCGGCCAUCAUGGAGAUUCCAAUUCCACGGUCGUUUCUACCCAAUGUUUCGAACCGAAAACCGAGCAAGACGCCAGCGAUGGGAUGGCGUCCGGGAAGGAGAUCGAGUCGAUAGCGUCAUACGAGAAUUUGAACAACAACAACAAUUAUAAUGUGGCAGCUUCUUGGGAGAAUUCUACAAGUUGUGAGUCUUGUUUUGAUGUUGGUAAGAAGAAAAUGAGAUGUGAAAUUAAUUGUGAGAAUGAGGAGAGAAAUAACAACAAUAAUAAUAAUAAUAACAAUAAUCCUCCAUUGUCAUUUCUUGAGAAGUGGCUACUUGAUGACACAGCUGUUCAAGUAGAGGAGAUGAUGGCAUUGUCACCAAUGUUCUAACAUUUUUUUUCUCUCUUUUUUUUCCUUCUCCAAAUUAAAUGAAACUUCUCAAUUUUAGGUUUGAUUGAAAAGAGAGAAAUGGAGAGAGAAACCCUUUUCCUCUCACUAAAAAUGUAAUGUUUAGCAUUUCUCAAUUUGUCCAAGCUUAGUGUUGAAUGAAAAUCCUCAACCUUGGUAUAAUUGUAUAUAUAUAUUUAUUGCUUUGAUGAACAUGCGGGGGAGUUUUGUUCAUGUAUUGAGAUUUUGUGUAGUUUGAAAUUGAA